GCGAUGGUAGACAUGCCUUUCCUGGUGAAAUUCACCGGCACUUCACAGAAAAUGCCAGAGAGAAAUUGAGGGAAAAAAUGUGGAUGGUGGGGAAAUAAACCUGACGCUUCCUUCCUCUGGAGGAUCAGAGGGUGCACGGUGUCUGAAGGUCAUUCGCCCUGUUUAUUGCUAGCACUGCGGGGUCCUGGGGCUGGUGCUGGGUGGGCAGAAAUCUGCCCCUUACCCAUUAACGCUGCAGCAUCCGGGACAGGACAUAAAGUUUAUUUUGCGCAGCCGGAUGCACAGGGCCAAAGAAAAUGGUCACACACAGACGACAUUAUUUUCAAUCCAACAGCCAUUUAAAUAUGCAGAGGGCUGCAGCAAUGAAGGGGUCGGCGGUCUCAAGACUCAGCAGUGCACAUCAAAGCCUCCAGACCCCCGGCGCCCAGACCUAAUUCCUGAGCACCCACCUCCUUUCCCGGAGCCUGUUGCGUCCAGCCUUGCAGAUCGGCACGUGAAAAGGUGCUCCCCUAGAGACCAGGGCGGAGACCACCCCAGGCGGGACCGCGGGCGGCGCUGGAGAAGUGGAACCGGCGGGGGCACGCAGUCGCGGCGGCAGCUCGGCGGGGCUGUGGAAACGCUGGUGCAGGUGGCUUGGGUGCACUGGCUUGACCGCUCGCUCCCGGACCUCCCGCAGAAGCUCGGCGUCAACCCGCAGCCCCGUAUCACGCACCAGGUGCAGGGUCUUCGCUCUACUCGGCCCCCAGCUUCAUCUCCAAGGCCAGCGCGGCAGGGCAGGCGAGAGCACGCCCAGCCCCGGGCUUGCUGGGUCUUGCUGUCUAGAAGAGGAGGCACGAUCUGCAGAUUUGUAAAGGGCAAAAGGUACACUAUACCGCGCGGUGCGCCCAGCACUGGAAACUCCCGCUUCCUGAUCAGAACAGCUGUCUCGCUUUAUAAAGAGCCCUGCAGUGCCUGUGAUCAACGAGCUGGAUGGAUAACCAGCACUUUCAAUGCCCAGGCAAGUUCUAAAAUGUUCUCCUUGCCAUGGUGUAAAGGGUGUGUCCUGAUGUAUCUACAGCCUCUGGAUGAAGAAGGGUGAGCAAGAACACGAAGAAUAAAAAGAACUUCACCGGAGGCCAUAAUGUCCACAAUGGAGAGUGCUGGAAAUCAAACUCAUGGCCCCAGGCUUGCUAGGCAAACACAUAAUCAACUGAGCUACCUCCUCAGCCCCAGUCACUGUGACACUGUUUUUGGUGCUUAGUUCCAAGUGUCUUUCUUUUGCUGUCCUCAAAGAUACUGUGAGUAUUGUUAUUAUUUUUCACUCAAUUAUGUUUCUACUUAACGUUGCCAUAAUGUCUGUAGUGAGUUAUGUUAUAUAUACCUGACAUAUAAUUUCAUAUCCAGAAGUGAGGUGUAGGAGCAGGUGGGUCUUUGGGCAAGGAGGGGCAAACAUUGCAGGCAGGAAAGCUGGUGGAUUCUUGUUACACAGAGGCAAAUGUUUGCUCAAACUUCCAUAUAUAAUACUUUAAGGUGCAGAUAGUGAGCUGGCAGAGGCUGGAACAGAAUGUUGAUUUGAAUGGAUGACUUUUUGCCUUUUUCAACAGAUUAUUAAUAGAGAGGAUAUGCCCAGACCAGAAGCAAACUGCUGACAGGAGAGAUUGAGACAUUUUCCUUUGCCAGGGCAGGCUCUCUCUGCUGUGGGUGCAGGUCCAACUUGAAUGAGAGUCCCAUAAUUUGAGCUGAAAGAAUAAAGUACCACUUUCUUCAAACCAAAGCAGGUAUAGGCAGCUGUGUAAGGUAAAUGAAUAGCAGACCCUUGUAAUACCAUGAUUAUAAGGGUAAUUGAAAGAGCCCAUGUACCACUGGAUGCGGGGGUAGUAUGUGUUGUUCAAGACAGCCACAAGAUCUCCAAGGGAAACUUCUAGUAUUCUCCAGUGUCCUGUGUUUAAUUCUCAUUAUUCAUGGUAGUUCUGUUUUAUAAAGCUACUGCGAACAUGGAAUUAGCCAACACUGACCAUUGCUCUGUGUGAACACACACACAUUUCACAUAGAUUACAACCCUUGAUCCUAUACACAACCUAUCCUGGUAGAUCUCCCCUGGCCUGUGGUCCUGGAGAUUGAAUCCAGGGCCUCAUGCAUGCCAGGCAAGUGCUGUACCAGUGAUCUAUAUCCCCAGCCUGAUCCUAUUUUUAAAAAAAGUCCAAGGGUUAGAAGUGUUAAGCAGCUGGCCUGAGACCACCUCACUAAUAGGGGCCAGAGUUUGGAUUUGAAUUCCAUCCAAGUGGCCCCAGAACCAGAGCUUCUUACCGUACACUGCCGUGUGGUCUCCAACCUCUGGUCAUCUCUGCAUGAAAGCAGA